UCCCCCGCCCAGCGCAGAGCGGGCGCCGGAGGCGAGGGCCGCCGCGGGAGCAGCAGGCGCUGGCGUCGGAUGCCUGCGUUACGCCAUCCCGGUGCUGCCGCGGCCUGGACUCCGCGGAGAACGCGGGCGAGGAGGCGGAGGGCGAUCAGAGGGCAGCAGCGGCCGCUGCUUUGUGUCCCAGCUCAAGCAGUAUGUUUCUGGCAGCAAUAGUGAAGAACUGGAAGACUGGUUGUUUAACAUACUAAAAUGAAGUAUUUACCAGUGGAGUAACUAAGGUGCUGACAAAUUUUGACUUCAUCCUCAUAAACAUGAGUGAAGUUCAGGCUAUGGUAGAAUUCUCCGUGGAGCUCCACAAAUUCUUCAAUGUGGAUUUGUUUCAAAGAGGCUUUUACCAGAUUCGUGCAUCUAUGAAAAUUCCUCCAAGAAUUCCACACAAAUUAGAAGCUAGCUUGUUACAUGCAACUGGUGCAGAUCUUGCCUUUCCUGCUUCAAUCCACGACAAUAUAGUUUGCAGUAAAACAUUUCAGAUUCUAUACAAAAAUGAGGAAGUUUCUGUGAACGAUGUGAUGAUUUUCAAAAUAAAAAUGCUUUUAGAUGAGAGGAAGAUUGAGGAGUCUCUUAAUGAAAUGAAUUUUCUGCUAACGUUAGAUCUACACUUCACGGAUACAGACUAUUCACCAGAUGACCUGAGCACACUGCAGCCAAUUAGUAGCCGAACUUUAAAGUUGCACUUUAACUUACACCGGGGCCUUCAUCAUUAUGUCAACGUUAUGUUUGAUUACUUCCACCUUUCUGUCAUAUCGGUUAUAGUCCACGCUUCUUUGGUUGCUUUGCAUCAGCCAUUGAUCAGUUUCCCUCGCCCGGUGAAGAAUACGUGGUUGAACAGGAAUGCACCAGCACAAAACAGGGACUCUGUGAUUCCUUCUCUUGAAAGUGUGGUCUUUGGCAAUAACUACACAAAACAGUUAUCAGCAGAUGGUUGCAGUUUUGUUGUUUCAGAGUCUUUCCUCAGCCAUGCCUAUAAUUUUCACUAUACGCUUUGUGCCAGUUUGCUGCUUGCUUUCAAAGGGUUACAUAGCUAUUUUAUUAUGAUAGCAAAGGAGCUCUCCUCUUCUCACCGAAUUGAAUUGGCCAAGGCCAGCAUGCAGGUCCUUUAUGAACGCCUUCUCAGAAGAAAAUAUCCACGCACCCAGAGAGACGCCUACCUAGAAAACAUAGAUGUAGAAGUUCGUCUUACAGAAUUGUGUGAAGAAGUAAAGAAAAUGGAAAAUCCUGAUGAACUGGCAGAACUGAUAAAUAUGAAUCUUGCUCAACUUUGUUCACUUCUAAUGGCUCUCUGGGGGCAAUUUCUGGAGGUCAUUACCUUACAAGAGGAGGUCACAGCAUUGCUAGCACAAGAACAUCACACAUUAAGGGUGCGCAGAUUUGCAGAAGCAUUCUUUUGUCUUGAACAUCCCAGGCAAGCUGCCCUUGCCUAUCAAGAACUGCAUGCUCAAAGUCAUCUACAGAUGUGUGCAGCUAUCAAAAACACUUCUUUCUGCAGUUCUCUUCCACCCCUCCCUAUUGAAUGCAGUGAACUAGAUGGAGAUAUGAACUCCUUGCCCAUAAUCUUUGAAGAUCGAUAUUUAGAUUCAAUUACUGAAGAUCUGGAUGUACCCUGGCUGGUAGUUCAGAGUCUUCCAAGGUCAGAGUCCAGUAAAGUGGAUAAAUUUGAAGCUGAAGAAAGUUUUGUAGCGGGUUUUACCAGCCCAGAACUGAAAAUAAGGCCUGCAGGUGCCUCCAACCUUUGGCAUUCAGAGAGUGAAAAGACGCUAAUAAAAACUUUGAAAGGGAAAAAUGAAGAUGCAAAUAAAUCCAAAGUUAAGGUAACUAAGCUCAUGAAAACAAUGAAACCUGAAAAUGCAAAAAAAGUUGUGAAACAGAACUCUAAGGACUCUGUAGUCUUAGUAGGCUACAAAUGUUUGAAAAGUGCAGCACUGGAAGAUGCCUCUAGAAGCUCAGAAGGCAGGCCUUCAUAUGCUGCUAAUGAAGGGCUGGACCCUAAAUUAGGUGGAUUUCCUUGUGAUACAAAGACCUGCACCAGGCAAGUAAGUCAAAGAGAACUUCCAAUUCUGCCAUCUGGAACUGAGGAAAAGACUGCCAAGAUUGAAGGUGGCCAGCCAGGUCCGGGUAGCCCUGUGCACUGUGAAGAUGUGGGGUUUUUUGGUAGACUUACUAUCUCCCAGACAGAUGCUGGAACUUUACAAGCAGAUAGUGCUCUACAGCCCAGAGAUACACUUGGAGGUUGUCAUGGAGCCCAACCAGCUUCCUCAGGAGUCAGGACUAUUGAGGUCAAACCAAGUGAUAAGAAUCUCUGUCAAGGGGAGAGAGUAACUCUUCACAUUGGAUCCUGGGCUGAUUUUCCGCUAGAUGGAGUACAAGGAGAGAAUUUGAAGGCACCCAGUAUUCAGACUUCAGAAUCCAGAAAUAAAUUGAAUUCAGGAGAGCAGGAACCAGUGCUUGAAAAGGAAGAUGUCCAAGAAGGAAACUUCCAACAUACCAAUGACAGCUUGACAAAAAUGAAAAAUAAUCAGCCUACUCUUUCUACAAAAGAAAGUCAGCUUUCUACAAGUGGAGAUGUGACUAAAUUACCAGAUGUUAGUGUGACAUAUGCCUCUUCUAGGUUUUCAGAUUCAGGUGUAGAAAGUGAACCAAGUUCUUUUGCAACUCACCCCAACCCUGAUCAGGUUUUUGAAAAUGUUCAAGGGCAAAGUCCAUACAAUGGUGAAAAAGCAUUUCCUCAGCUUUUACUAAAGCCAGACUGUGCUAUAAAAAAUGCAAUAGAAAGCCAUUGCACUGAGAGUACCAGCGCUGUAAGUGAAAUACAGUCAUCCUUGACAUCCAUAAAUUCUCUGCCUUCAGAUGAUGAUGAACUGUCACCUGAUGAGAAUUCAAAGAUAUCUGUUGUACCUGAAUGCCAGUUAAGUGACAGUAAAACGGUAUUGGAUCUUGGAGCAAUUGAUUUCCCAAAAUGUGAUGACAGUAAAAAAUCAAACAUCAGUUUGCAGCAACAGUGUGUUGUAUUUUCAGGGCACUCGGAUAACAAAACUCAGUCUGUACAUUCCUUGCUCUCAGGAACAAAAAAUCUUGUACCCCCAGUUGUUUCAGAUGAGGAUACACCUACUGAUGUGAAAAGUCACAGCCCACAGUCACACCUUGGCACAACUUGUCUGGACUCUCAUGACCUUGAAAGGCACCUUAACACUGGAGAAGAAACAGUUAAAUUGCAUUUGGAAGUUUCUUGUAUGGGUGAGCCAUCUGUUGUUUCAGGUUCUUCACCUGUAAAUGUGGUAUUCGAAGCUGAGAAAACAAACAAAGGAGAAUGUGACAAGCCUUUAGAUCUAAAGGAGACAACUGAAGAACUGUCAGUAGCCAAAACAGAAACUGGUACAGAUAAUCCUUCUCCAACCAGUAGUACUGACAUAGUAACUCAAGGACUUGUUGAAAACUAUUUUGGCUCUCGAAGCAGCACAGAUAUUUCAGAUAUUUGGCCUAUGGACAGCAGCAACCCUGUUAGCCCACAAAAGGAAGCAUAUGAAAAGCAAAUUAUUUGCUCUUCCCAACAAGAUGAGGAAGAAGAGGAAGAUCAAGAUCAAGAAAUGAUUGAAAACGGGUAUUAUGAAGAAACAGACUAUAGUAUAUUAGAUGGAGCUUCCAGUGCUGUCCAGGAUCAUGGCUCAGCAGGAGAAACAGCCCCAAGAUCCGAAAGGAUCGAUAGUGGGCAUCUGCGAGAUGGAAUGAGUGUGCCUCCUGUCUGCGCUCCUGGUUGUCUGUCUUUCCCCUCUUCUCUGAGAGACUCUCCUUGCAAUGUUAUCUGUUCUUCAAGGAAUAAAUCUGAUGCAAUCACACAACAGCCAGGCAGCACUUCCUAUAGCUCAGUUUCAUCUGUUUCCUGGUAUGAAAGCUCCCCCAAACCUCAAAUGUUAGCUUUUCUUCAGGCUAAGGAAGAAUUGAAGCAGCUGAAACUUCCUGGAUUUAUGUAUAGUGAUGUUUUCAAACUGGCUUCUUCAAUACCUUAUUUCAGUAUGGAAGAAGAUGACUGUUCAGAAGAAGGAAUACAUCUUAUAGUCUGCGUCCAUGGCCUAGAUGGUAACAGCGCAGAUCUAAGAUUAGUGAAGACUUACAUUGAGCUAGGGCUGCCUGGAGGGAGGAUAGAUUUUCUUAUGUCUGAAAGGAAUCAGAAUGAUACCUUUGCUGAUUUUGAUUCCAUGACAGAUCGCCUUUUAGAUGAAAUUAUCCAGUAUAUCCAAAUUUAUAAUCUAACCCUUUCAAAAAUCAGCUUUAUUGGACACUCACUGGGUAACUUAAUAAUCCGUUCAGUGCUGACAAGACCACGAUUUAAAUAUUACCUCAACAAACUUCAUACCUUCCUGUCUCUGUCUGGACCACAUCUUGGUACCCUCUACAAUAGCAGUGCUCUUGUUAAUACAGGAUUGUGGUUUAUGCAGAAGUGGAAGAAGUCUGGUUCUUUAUUGCAGUUGACAUGUCGAGACCAUUCAGAUCCACGACAAACAUUCUUAUACAAACUUAGUAAAAAAGCAGGUCUUCAUUACUUCAAAAACAUUGUGUUAGUGGGAUCUCUGCAGGAUCGUUAUGUUCCUUAUCACUCAGCUCGAAUCGAGAUGUGUAAAACAGCUUUAAAGGAUAAACAAUCAGGACCAAUUUAUGCAGAAAUGAUCCAGAACCUGCUUCUGCCAGUUCUUCAAAAUAAGGAGUGUAAUUUGGUUCGUUAUAACGUAAUUAAUGCAUUACCCAACACAGCAGAUUCGCUCAUAGGGAGAGCUGCACACAUUGCUGUUCUUGAUUCAGAAAUAUUUUUAGAAAAAUUCUUUCUUGUUGCUGCCCUAAAAUAUUUUCAGUAGAGAAAAGCAUUGUAAGAGACUUGGUUAUUACCUCAUUAACAGAUGAAUCGAAUGAUGUGUGGUGUUAAAGUAUAGCUGCAGCUGUAUUUUAAGAGAUAUUUAUACUUUUUAUAUGGAAGAUAAUUUAUAUCAUCCACACUUAGGGCUUUUUAACAUCAACUUUACUUUCUAGGUAAUGUGGCUGUGCAAUAUUUUUUUUUAUUUUGUUCUUUUUACUUUUCUAUUACUUUUUCUUAAUUUUGGUACCUAAUUAUUUGGAGAUUAAAGCACAGUGUGUACUUUUGGUUGGUUUAUUAUUGGCUCUUAGAAUACAGAAGUCAAUGUUACUUGACUACGUUUUACAAGAGGCUUCAGAUGCCAAAAUAAAUUGGAUUUUUAAAUU